CAAAAUCCUUCCUUCCACAGGCACGCGAGUUAAUAAAAGCGAUGCUGAAUACCAGCAACAACGUGGCGAGUCUCCCCCAGAGUGUGUACCCCUUGCUGGACGGGGCGCAACUGGAGGGGCAGGAUAAACCGGUCUUGGAGAAGCUCUUGGCUGAGGCAAAGAAGCAGGGCGUCCAACUCACAGCUGACCAGGCGGCAGUGUUCCCGGUUCAGUUCGUGCCAGGAGACAUGCUGAACAUGCCGGCGACGGUGAAGUCCGGCGUUUCGACCAAGGCCCUGAGCGGUCUUUCAACAGCCAACCUCAAGGAUUUCACGAAGGACCUUCCUCCUUCUGCGCCCGCCAGUCUGAUGGCGGCCAAGACGGCGUGGGCGGGGAAGACGAAGAUCACCACUAGCGACGUGAAGAGCAACAUGGACGUCCUGAACCUUCUGCCUCCUUCCGCUGCCAUGAAAGUCGAAUCAGCUGACGUCACGGAAGUGUUGGAGAUGAUGGCGUCAGCGCCCCGUCAGCCUUCUAUGACCGUAUGCCGUGUCAUGAAGGACAAACUGAUGGAAGUCCUCAAAAACAACACAGGCGUAGACGAACCGGAUGAAGUUGCGCUGAUACUUACUCCCACAGAGGUCGAGAACACUCCACCCUGCGUCCUGGCAGCUCUUGGACCAGAAGCGCUGGAUAAGAUGCCUCCCGAGCAGAUGGGGAUGAUUAUGUCGCGGAUGGUUGCACGCAAGAAUACCAUGAGCAUGACCAAGGCUGCCAGACAGAAAAUCCUCGACCGUGCGCUGGGAAACAAGCCCCAGCUGGAAAUGGGAGAUAUAGAAAUGCUGGGAGAGGCAGCUUUGGACCUACCGGCUGACCGCAUCAGGAGCCUGUCGAAAAGCGGGGCCGAGGUCUUGGUUAACAAAGCCAAUAAUGUCUUCAGCUCUGGAAUGACACCCUGUCUGUCAGGUGAAGAAAGGAGCGCUAUGGCUGAUGCUGUCAAGAAAGUCAAGGGAGAGUUCAGGGACUGGCAAGACGCGAAGGAUGUGUGCUGCCUGAUGAUGUUCCUCGAGGGCUCUCAGUUCAACAUGAUCCCCCCCGACGUAGCUAGCUCCUGCACCUGCCCCCCUCCUCCUCCGGGCACCAAGGACGUGGUCGACUCCCUCGAGAGCAUGUGCGCUUCGGAAAUGGGUAAAAACGCAGUCGAGGAAAGCAUGAAAGCGGCAAAAGACCUGGAGGAGAGGCAGAUCGAGGCGGCGCUCAAGAACCUCGGAGACUUCAGCACGACGGCGCGCAGGAGGAGAAGAUCCACCGGCAUCACCGCGUGCGACAGAGCUGCCGUUGGCGGGGCCUCUGUACUGACCGCCUCCGAGAUCCAGGCCAUGCCCGCCGCGGACGUCGCAGGCUGCCUGUCCGACCUGACACAAAUGGAGAUGGAAACUGAUAAGGCGAAGGCAAUCAUCGCGAAAGUGAAGGAGUUGCGAGGGAACCUGACGGCCCUGAAGAAGGAGGACUUGCUGCGGCUGGACUGGGCCUACAAGGGUCUGAUGGCGAGCGAGGCCGAUAUGUUGCCGGCCCUUUCCGACGUCAUUGUGGUCACCAAUCUCGGACAGUAUUGGGAUAUGGAAGCAGGCACGUUGAAAGCCUUGGCGGCCAAAGUGGUCAAAGAUUUCAAGGCUCCAGCUGGCAUGAACGGAGAGGAGUUGUCUAAGGUGAACCAGCUGGUGUGUGGCUUCACGAAAGAGCAGGCCGACAGCAUAACAACAGAGGCAUUUAGUUCCGCGGUGGUGACUCUUCGCCAGCUGGAGGACUGCCCUGACGAGGUCAUAAGAGCCCUGGCGGCGAAGGCGAAGACCAGCUACGGCGCCUUCAGCACUUGGGACGCCGCCAAGUUGAGCGAAAUGGGCAAGCUGGUUGGAGGACUGAAUCCUGAGGAUCUCAAGGGCAUCCCAGCAGAAGCCUUUGCAGGACUCACCCCUGAGGGCAUGCAGUCCAUCUCUCCUGAUGCUGUGGGGGUCCUGGAAGUGAAGCAGCUCAACAACCUCGAUACCCUGACGGCCAUGGCGAUCACAGACGAGCAAAAAGCCAAAUUCACCGGCGAAAUGAAAGAAGCGCUGGAAUAUUUGCUUCCGAAAAAGAGGAACGGGGCAAUUGAAACUGCUGUGAUGUCGCUGACAACGCUGCUUCUCCUGGUCUCGCUGAACCUCCUGCUGUAGAUGACGAUUCACGAGAAGCUAUCUCAACCCCCCUUUCCGUCACCAGCCAUCAUUGUCAGCGUUUACAUGUCAUCGGCACCUGACUCCACUGCGGAAACUUAUCAUCACGAACACUAGAUUAUUCUCUUCUCUUAUCCUAACAACCGCUUGGAUUCCCACUUACCCAGAUCACAUUAUCUCUGUCACCGUAAGAUGAGUCGGGUGAUCCAGCAGCAGC